CUUAACUUGGCUUGCCCAACUGACAGCAGAGCGAGCGAUAACUCUGUGCCCAUUUGUUCACUUUCGAUUUAGGCGAAAGCAAGUGAUCGCACUUUCUUCUUCACGGAAGCCACAGUAUUCAUGACUCCGCCAAGAAGAUGAUAAAAUUGCUGAAAAUGUUCCGAACGCCGACACUUUUGUUGUUGUUAUUGUGGACAACUGUACCGAGGGGGACAUGCUCGACUUCUGUGGAGGAUGCCUUCACCAUCCAGCACUCCAUCACAGGGAAUUGUUUAUCUGCUCAGGAUUCGGAAAGUCUGGGUGUCUCCACCUGUGAUGCAAACAGCACGUCGUUCCACUUGUGGAAGUGGGGCUCAGGUCACCGCCUCUUCCAUGUGGCUACUUCCCUCUGUUUGGCAUUAGACGUCCACUCCAAGUCCUUGUCCCUGGCGGACUGCGACUCGAACAUGCUGCUAUCGUGGCGCUGCCUGGACGGAGUUGUGUUCACAGUCUACCAAAUGGGCCUGGUGGUAAGCGGAGGCCAGUUAGCGGCCAAACGGUACGGCCAAGACACGUGGGUGAGAGGAGGCUCUCUGGACAGCAUCUGCCAGAGGCCAUAUCGGGUCAUUCACACCACCAAUGGAAACGCUGCCGGCGCUCCCUGCGAGUUCCCCUUCAAGUACAAUGGAAGCUGGCAUCAUGGCUGCCUCCCCGAUUCGGACUUGCCGGGACUCUCCUGGUGCGCCACCUCCUCUGACUACGAUCAAGACAGACAGAAGGGGACCUGUCUAAAACCUGAGACGGGUUGCCAGACUCUGUUCACCGGACCGGAGGGGAACUCCUGCUAUGAAUUUGUUCCCAAUGCCGCCGUGACCUGGCAGCAAGCUCUGGAUUCCUGUCGAAGCCAAGGAGCAGAUUUGCUCAGUGUGUCUAGUCCCGAUGAUCUUCAUUCCCCUACAUUUUUAGAUGGCCUCGAUGUGAUGCCUGACAGAAUGUGGAUAGGCCUCCAUCAGCUCGAUGCUUCUCAGGGAUGGCAGUGGUCAGAUGGCUCCCCGCUCUCAGUCCUGCGUUGGGAAGCAGGAAUGCCUCCCAUCUCUCUAAUCAUCGAGUCGGACUGUGGUGUUCUGAACUCCAAGCAGAACUAUGAAGCUGAAGCGUGCAGCAAACAUCUCCCAUACAUCUGCAAGAAAAUAGUGAAUGCUACUCGAACAGAGCCAACAGAAUCACUCAUGUAUAAAGACACAGUGUGUGCUCCUGGUUGGGUCCCAUGGAAUGGCUGGUGUUACAAAUUAGUAACGGAUAAGCCGUCAAACUUCAGCAACGCACAGCAGUACUGUAACUACACAGAGGGAGGAAGCUCUCUUGCCAGCCUCCAUUCCAUUGACAGCAAGGAGAUGAUCGCCACGAAUUUUCAUGCUGAUGGCCAGCGGAUGAAUGUGUGGAUUGGUCUUUUGGGAGAUGGCGUCAAUCCCACUGUUUUCAAAUGGGUGGACCAUACACCAGUCACCUUCACAUUCUGGGGCCCAAACCAGCCGCUGCAGCCUUUCCAAGAUACCAGCUGCGUUUUCUACUCUGAGUCUCACAGUUGGCGGGUUGGCCGCUGUUCUGACAAACAAGCUUUCAUGUGUCAGACGAGAGGAGAAAUCAACGAACCAUCGGGGACGGCCGGCUGUCGCUUUGAAGACGGCUGGAGGAGACACGGAAACUCCUGUUACCGAGUGAACACCACACAAGUGUCCUUCAAAGAUCGCUGUAACAUUACUAUACGAAACAGGUUUGAGCAGGCCUUCAUCAGCCGUUUGCUUGGCCCUUAUAUUAGUAAUGUGCCUCAGUAUUUUUGGAUUGGGCUGCAAGACGUUAAGCACACUGGAGAGUAUCAAUGGCAUGGCCAGAAUAAUACCCAAGGUGAAGUUACGUACACCAAUUGGGGCUCUUUUGAACCAGCGCACAGUGGAGGUUGUGCUGUGAUUGCCGCUGCAAACCAUCUGGGCAAAUGGGAGGUGAAAAACUGUACGCUUUUUAAGGCCGGCACCAUUUGUAGGACAGACCUCAGUCCAGUUCUGCCACCAGAACCAGAACUAGUCCCAACCUUGCCAUGCCCAGAUGGAUGGGUAUCCAAACCGGAUUUCAAAUACUGCUACAAGGUGUUUCAUGAGGAGAGGCUCAGUCGUAAACGUUCAUGGGAGGAAGCUGAGAGGUUUUGUCAGGCCCUUGGAGCCAACCUGCCUAGCUUCACUACUCUGGAUGAGAUGAAAGUGCUGCAUGAUGUCAUGAGAGACACCAUCAGUGAUGACCGCUAUUUCUGGGUCGGCCUGAACAGAAGAAACCCAGCCGACCGCUCUUGGCAGUGGAGUGAUGGCCGUCCUGUGACUAUGGAUAUUUUACAUCAAGACUUCCAUGAGGAUGAUGCGUACAGUCGGGACUGCACUGCAUUUAAGACAACGAAGACAACCUUGAAGCAUUUGUUCAUUUAUUUACUUCACGACCUUCUUCUUGAACCUUUCUCUGCAUCACCAUUUCACUGCGAUGCCAAGCUGGAAUGGGUCUGCCAAAUUCCUCGCGGAAAGCAACUAUCGUAUCCAGACUGGUACAAUCCAGGUGUGCACCAUGAAACAUCCAUCUUCAUUGAUGGAGGCGAGUAUUGGUUUGUGAACGAACCUCAGCUGACAUUUGAGGAGGCGAUUCUGUUUUGCAAUAUGAAUGGCAGCAAGCUUGCUUCGCCGCCAAGCUCCACUGCUGCCAGAGUCAUCCAUGAGAACCUACAAAAGUUGUCAAGUUCUCCCAAGCAACAUUGGUGGCUCAAUCUGAGAGAUCCCAAGCGGAUGUUCCCUAUGACGCAUUCGCGGCUGCACUUCUAUUAUUCAGCUCUCUUUGGGAGAUGCACCUCCAUCAGUCCUGAGAGCUUCGUUCCGAAGAAUGAGCACAGUUGCAAUCAGCAGUUGCCCUUUGUGUGCGAAAGGCUUAAUAUCACAACCGUGGAGAGCAACCCUCUGCAGCCUUACCCAGGAGGCUUGCCUUGUGGAAAUGCCUCCCUGGCUUUCAGAAAUGAGUGCUACACACUGCUGUCGAAUACAAAGCCAGUGUCAUUCAAGACAGCCAAUGAGAUGUGCCUGUCAGUGAGGGGAAGCCUGGUCACCAUAUCUGACCAAAUGGAGCAAGACUUCAUCACCAGCCUGUUGCCAAGAAUGAAGGACAUGGGAGGCAUAUGGGUUGGUCUCAAACUGAAACGUAACAAACUGGAGUGGGUGGACAACUCACCGGUGAAUUACAUUAAUUUCCAUCCGCUGCUCGGUGGAAUGCUCAAGGCCAUAAAUGUCAAUCCGCUUGAGCCAGACAACAUGGACUUGUGUGGCUUUAUGAUUAACAGCCCUAACUCGGCUGUGAUGGGCACGUGGGAUUACACCUCCUGUACCCAGUACCAACAUGCGGCGAUUUGCCAACAUCAUGCAGAUCAAAUUGAGAAGCCUAGCGUCACAACCGAGCCCUUCCAGAUUAACAACCACACCUUCCAGCUACUCAUCAAGAACGUCACCUGGUUCGAAGCCUUGGAGCAGUGCAUAAAUAUGGACAUGGAUUUGGCGAGCGUUGCCGAUACCCUCCUGCAGUCCACGCUUAGCGUGCACGUGAGCCGUGCACGCACGCCCAUGUGGAUCGGCCUCUUCAGUGAAGAUGACGGGAUCCACUAUCGCUGGACAGACCACAGUCACACUGUCUUCAGUCGCUGGUCUGAUGAGGUCACAACGGGCUCCUGCGUCUACCUGGACACUGAUGGAUUCUGGAAAGCAACCGAGUGCGAGCAGGAGCUCGGAGGUGCCAUCUGCCACAAACCACACAAAGAAAUAAUAACCACACCGGAAGAUGUUGCAGUCAAGUGCCCUCACAAAAUAAACGGCCCAAACUGGAUCCCCUUCAAGAACAACUGCUACUCCUUUCAGCUGGCUGCAUCCAGAUGGGAGCACUUGGCCGAAGGGCCCGUCCGCAGAACUUGCAUUAACCUUCACAAAGGCGCGGAUAUCCUAACCAUCCGGAAUGCAGAAGAGAACGAGUUUAUCAGGCAGCAACUUCUGCCCUUUCAAAACUUGGUUCAGUUUGUGUGGCUGGGGCUGUUCAAAAACACCACUAGUAACCAGUUGAAGUGGUACGAUGGCACUCAUGUCCAAUAUUCCAAUUGGAGGAAUGGUAGACCAGAAAUAGACGACAACUUCAUGGCUGGUGUCAAUCUCCAAGGCAAAUGGGUCCUCACCACCAACCAAAUGCUAUUCUCCGAGUUCAGGCAAAGAUCCAUCGUGACAUGCAAACUGGAUAAUGAGCAAAAACAGGAGUACUCCAAGUCCACCAGUGACUAUCAGCACCUUGGCAAUUUAACUUACACGGUGGUGAUGCGACGUGGGCUGAGUUGGUACCAGGCUCUGGAAGAGUGCGCCCAGCGUGGAGGCCACCUAGCCAGUGUGCAUGACGCCGAGCACCACGCACAUGUGAAGCUUCUCGCAAAGACAGAUGGAUACCCACUCUGGAUUGGCCUGUCCAACCAGGAGGAAGAGGGGGAGUCCUGGAAGUGGUCGGACGGGACCAGUUACCAGUACAAAGCGGACAUCUCCGAGUCCGUGGAUGGCGCCAGCCAAGGCGAGCGAGAUGUGGGCAGCUGUGUUUUUGUCACACCUUCCGGUGCCUGGGUGAGGAGCAGCUGCUACUCACUGCAAGAUGGCGCCAUUUGCUACAGCACCAACAUCAGCAGCCCAUUCCAGAGAGCCAAGCUGCAGGCGAGCGUACAGGUCAACGACUGCCCUCAGAGCAACGGCACGUCCAAGUGGGUGCAGCGCAACGACCGCUGCUACGCCUUCGACAUGAGCUUCUACAACUACAGCGUCUACGACAUGCAGCAGGCGAAGAGCAUCUGUCAGAGCAUGGACGCUCAACUGCUAUCUGUCAAGAGCAAAGAGGAGAAUGACUUUGUGGCCAAGUACGUGAGCGACGACCCUCUCAUCACCAGUCGGUUGUGGCUCGGCGUUGCCCUCGAUGCUCAAGGUUCUCCCAAAGCCUGGGAGGACGGUUCGGCUCUGUCCUACUCCAACUGGAAGUCGGGCGCCUUGGUUAGCGCGGCGCGGCAGAAGGAGGUCCUGUGUGCCGUCAUGGCGACCGAGGAUGGAGGGAGCUGGGGUGUCGUCAGCUGCCAGGCCAGCCUCAGUCGUGUCGUCUGUCAAACCGGAGCCAAGCCUUCUGGUUCUCCCGUGGCCGUGGGCUUCUUUGUGCUCAUCCUGGUCGCUCUCGUGCUUACGGUGGCUUUCAUCGUGUACAAGAAGAAGCGAGCCUACUUCUCCUCAUCGGUGCGCUAUAAGAGGACCACCGACCACUUGGACACCACCAGUAUUAUUACAGAAGACGAAUGAGACAGGCGGAAUGGUUGCCUCAGGGAGUUUGGCUGUGAAGCCUUUUCAACCCCCCCCCCCCCAACCUUUUUAUUGGUUAAUUUAUUUAUUUAUCAAUGCUCCCACCUGCUUCUAUGAAGACGGUAAAAAUAUAAUCAGACUGCUUGAAUGCAGUGACUUAAUUUGGAAGCUUUUAUAUUUUUGAAGUGCAGUGCAGUGAUCCCCCCGGUUCAUCAGAACGAUAUGAUAGACACACCCACUGUAGGUGAAAAUCUACAAUUCAGCGGGACCAGACACAUUUAGGGGAAAUAAAUAAAUAAAUCAGCACUUCCACUUAAUUUAACCACAGUUAAAACUUAAAAACACACGUUUAGCAUUUACUACCGCCGUCUCAGUCAAACAAUAUGAUUUUGUCAGAUGAACGUCGCCUGGGUUAACGCUAACAAUUAUGCCGCAGUAAUCCCUUGCCACUUCAGGCUUCACCUUUUGCAGCUUCAAUAUUUCACGGAUUUUGUAAGAAAUUAAUGCGAAAAAUAAUUCACGACAAGCGAGACUGUGACGGGAGAACAGCGUUUAAAUACACGCCCUGAGGAGCGGGUAAGGGGAGACCACUAGCAGCGAUGAUUCCUGCACAGAACAGUGUGGGAAUGGUUAUUGAGGGAAUGGGAUAGGUUUAUGUAGCAGAAAAAGUAUGAGGGAGGGUUUAUAAAGCUAAUAUAGUGUAAAAAUACAUAAAUAUACAAUUUCUAAAUCGCAACUUUUUGAUUAUCGUAAACUCAUUUUUUUUGCGGGCCGCAUUGUAGUCAUAGCUUCUUUCGGAGGGCCAUUAUGACUGUCAACCCAAAUAAAUGCAUGAGCACCUCAUAUUAUAUAGUCAGAGCUACAAAACAAACUGACAAAUAACUCUUUUUCAAAUCAGACGAGUUGUUUGAAACCCUAACCCUAGCUUCCAGGGGUGUCGACCUCCAGUCCUCAAGGGCCGCGUUCCAAUAUGCUUUCCAAGUUACCCUCGUUAAACACACCUGCGUGAAAAGUUCAGUUCAUUUUCACGGUCUGCAGGAGCCUAACUUUUCACACAGGUGCACUUAACGAGGGAAUCUUGGAAAACAUGUUGGAAUGCGGCCCCUGAGGACUGGAGUGCGACAGUAAAAGCACAAAACAAACGGACAAAUAACUCAUUUUCAAAUCAGAGGAGUACAAAUUGGUAAAAUAUUUAAAAAAUAUAUAUUAUUACAAGUGAAAACAAUUUGCAAUUCUAGUAAUGAUGCAAAUUUGAUGCACAAUUUGUCUUUGCAGGCCACAUAAAAUGAUGUGGUGGGCUGUAUCUGGCCUUGAGUUUGACACCUGUGACCUAGAGUGACCACAAGAUGGCAGAAUAGUACAUUUAUCCAAAUGAAACUCCUCAACUCUCUUCAACAUUGUUCAUUGCCACCAAGAUGGCAAAACAGGUGUUGGUAAGAUUUUGAACAGAUAACUAAGGAUAGGCUUUACAAAAACUAACAAAGUAGCAUCAAUGUUAUGGUAACGUUAAAUAUUCAGAGAACUAUUGACACAUGAGAAGCAACACAGCCAGGGCAAAUAUGACUCAAAGAAAAAUAGUGCCUAUAAAUCAAUAUUGCGUGCACGUGUCAGUGGGUUCACUGUACUUCUGGUUGUUUUGACAUUGGUUUUAUACAGAAGUUUAUUUUAACUAAAUUGAGUUUUUGAAAAGUCACAAGAACAUAAUCUCCGCCAUGGCAGGUUCAAUUGCACAAAUGAACACUCACAGGAUGUGGAAUUAAUUUUCCUUUGGGUAAAAUGUCCCGUUAAUUUGCGCUCAUGUCUGAAGGUAGCGCUCGAAGGAAAUAAUAGUUAUUUUAAGGUGCGUGCCUUUUUAAGGAAGAACAAAAUGGCUCUCACGCACUGUGCCUUUUGGAUAGCUUGAAAACAAAUGGGAGCCGUCACAUCACUGGAAUGCCUUUUGUUAUUUGGUUCGAAUGGGCCACGAGUAACGCACGUUCAUGAGAUGUUUGCUUGAAGAGGGAGUGUCAGACAAAUGUUCCCAAUUGAUGCCUUUGCAAGACUUUUCUAUGCACUUGACUACUAAGCAAGAAUGCACUUUAACGGCGCCACGUGAAAGACAUACUUGGGAGAGUUAAGCUUGUGUGCACAUGUUUGCUAGCCAUGCUUUGUAUGUUUGGUGUUUGCUUUCCAAACAAACCAAAGAUGCUUCGUUUUUUGAAAGCCAGACUUUAGCUUGACUUUUGUUUUUAACUUGAAAUUUGGUUUCUAUGUUGUAAAGCAGAUUUGUUUUUGUAAAAAUCGGGUACGGGGUCUCUACAGUAAAAUGUUCCUCUCAAAAUA